AUGAUUAUAAAUGNCAGUGGCUACAAUAGAUCAGGCGGCGGCUCGAGAUACUCCUCUGGUGGUUCUAUGAACAGAGACGAGAACUUCGAUCCUUCAUCUGAUGGCGUUGAUGGGAAAUUGAAAGAAGCUGCACUGUUAUACAAUGUGGACGAAGCCGAUGGCUUGAAGGAGUACUCGUUUAGGCCCGAUUUCAACUAUAGAGGCGCUAAUAACUUCCCUAGGAUGCAAAAGCAGUUGCAAAAUCCUAGACAGAAUAAUAACAAGUCUGAGGUUACUACUGCGGAAGUUCUGAAGAAUGCUGAUUUCAGGAACGUUAAGUUUCUGGCAAAUUUCAUCACCGAAGCUGGGAUCAUCAUUAAGAGGAAGCAGGUCAAAUUGGAUGUUUCUUGA